CUUGAAGUUUAUUCCAUUUGGAAUAAUGUUUUUAAUGAAUCUGAAUGCCAUAUAUUUAUCACGUAAUUGUUUGUCCAUUUAUCUUUUGGAUAGUUUCCAGGUUUUCUAAUCCUUUAGCGGGUAGUGUAAUUGGCAUCUUUUCAAUUUAUAUGAAUGCAUGGUUGACCCCAGUUUCACCAGUGUACUUUAUAAAGACAUUCAGUUCAGUAUGUAAGACAGUCCACAACACGUGGAAAUUUCAACAUUUUACAACAGUUUUACAGCAGUUUUACUUCAUUUUAAUACAAUGGCUGAGAGUAAAUCGGACAUUCUUGAAGCAGGCAGGAAGUGCAGUAAGUGUAGGGGCCUUAUAAGACAUCAUAUUGGCCCUCAUGGAACUAAAUGUGACUUUGAAAUUCAAAAAGAAUAUCGAGAUCAGGACGUUGAAGUCGAUGUUACCAAUGAGAUUCUAGAAUUAAAGAAUCUCAUGGAACGUAUGAUGAUAAGUAAUGAAACUUUCAAGCAGGAUGUGAAGACUGAGAUGGAAUCCAUGAAGCAUGAGAUAUUGCAAAUAAAAUCUCGUUCCAAUGAUAACAAUGAUAUACCAUCAACAUUUUCUGUACCGUCAAUGUCACCCAAGAAAGUCGUACCAUCAGCCCCUGCUAAAUCGUCCAUACCUGUUAUGACGGAAACGAAAGUCUCUACCGAAGCAGAUGAAUCUGACACAUCAAUGAUUCUAGAUUAUCCUGUACCUCAGAAAACAAUAAAAGCAGUCAAAUCUGGUAAGUUUGUGAACAUGAUAGAUUUACUACCAGCUAAUCUUGUGAAUGAUUACAAUGAAAAUCCAGAUCCUAUCAUUUUAACACUUGAUAACGGACAUCUUCGUCAACAACACAAGCGUAAAGUUAAAACGAUUACUAGCUUUAAUCAGUGGUUAUCUGCUUGGAGUAUCUAUGAAUGUAUACUGAUUGAACAAAAUCCGAUCUUGUAUUCGAGUCUUAUCGCAUAUCGCACACUUAUCCAGGAAGCGGACAAAAAGUUCCAUUGGAAUGCGAUCAAUCUGUAUGACAUUAAAUUUAGAACAAAAUUAGCUCAAUCACCAUCACCCAAAUUUGACAAGAUGGAUAUUACGUUAUAUGUCACGACAUUGGAUGCGACAUGCGUCAAGAACACAAUCAGAUGUCACCGAUGUUCAGGGGACCAUAAAGUUAGUAACUGCCCCUUUCAAACGAGCUCCACGAUGGCGCAGACAUCAUCGUCGGAUACAAAACAGAAGGCGGACAAAGACGAGGUCUGUAACAAUUAUCAAUUCGGAAACUGCAAAUAUGGAACAAAUUGCUACAGGAUGCACAAAUGUAAUGGAUGCGGCACCC